CAUUUGUUCAUUGUGUUAUCUUCUCACAUUCAGAGGCAGAGGAACCAAAGAGAGAGAGAUUCCAAAAGCAAAAAUUAAAAAAGAAAUCUUCAAAAAGUUCGAUCUCAACCUUCUAUGGCCAUUCGUUUUUCCCAACCAAAGCCCCUCCACAAACUCCGCUACUUAACAAGGACGCUCAAUUCUGCUUCCUCCUCCAUAAGCGCCGUUUCGCCGCUGAAUUUUGCGGAGAAACCGGAGCCGACCAUUGAGAAACACGACCCCUUUUCCUCACCGCUCAACAUUUACGACCAUGAGAAGCUAUUCAGCUUGAUUUCCUCUGCCAAAUUGUUGCGUUCCGUUUUCAACCUCAACCUCGCCGCCGUCGAGCCUGUUGUUGAUCUCGGCAAGUGGGUUAUGAAUUCCAGGCUAAUGGACAUCGAUAUAACCCGCGAAGCCAUCACCGGCUUGGUUAGACACACGUUUUACGAACAUUUCUGCGCCGGCGAAUCCUCUGCGGAGGCCAAACGCUGCGUCGAGAAAGUUAAUGAGGCCGGCUUGAGAGGGAUGUUGGUUUACGCAGUGGAGCAUACGGAUGAUGCAAAUGAAUGUGACCAGAAUUUGCGAGGCUUUCUUCAGACUGUUGAAUCUGCAAAGACGCUUGCUCCAUCUUCGGUGAGCUUUGUGGUUGCGAAAAUCUCUGCGAUUUGCCCAAUGAGUAUAUUGAAGAGAGUCAGUGAUUUACUGAGAUGGCAACAUAAGGAUUCUUCCUUCAGGCUUCCAUGGAAGUUCAAUGAUUUUCCGAUUUUCUCCGAUCACAGCCCUUUGUAUCAUACGCUCGAGAGACCGGAACCGUUGACACAAGAGGAAGAAAACGAACUCCAAGUGGGUUAUGACAGAUUACUGAAAUUGUGUCGGGAAUGCGAAGAAGGGAAUGUUCCGUUGGUGCUUGAUGCGGAGGACACGGUGGUGCAACCGGCCAUUGAUUAUUUGACGUACGCGUCUGCGAUUACGUACAAUAAAGUUGAUAAUAUAAUUGUAUACAACACAAUUCAAGCGUAUUUGAAGGAUGCGAAACAAAGAAUGUUGCUUGCGACGGAAGCCGCCGAGAAAAUGGGAGUUCCGAUGGGGUUUAAGCUGGUGAGAGGAGCGUACAUGUCGAGUGAAAGUAGGGUGGCGACUUCUUUAGGUUGUGAAUCUCCGAUUCACAACAGCAUUCAGGAGACGCAUGCAUGCUACAAUGAGUGUGCUUCGUUCAUGCUUGACAAAAUCGCCAAUGGCUUUGGUGCACUUGUUCUUGCAACGCACAACGUUGAUUCAGGGAAAAUGGCGGCAGCGAAGGCGAUGGAUUUGGGAAUCGAUAAAAGGAGCUCGAGACUUGAAUUUGCGCAGCUGUAUGGAAUGUCAGAGGCGUUAUCGUUUGGACUGAAAAAUGCAGGGUUUAAAGUGAGCAAGUAUAUGCCAUAUGGACCCAUUGACAUGGUGAUGCCGUAUCUUCUGAGGCGGGCAGAAGAGAACAAGGGAUUUUUAGCUGCCUCUAACCUUGAUAGGCAACUCAUGAGCAAGGAGUUGAAAAGAAGACUGAGUGCUUCAAUAUUCUAAGUUGAAGACAAUUCAGAUGAUGACGAAGACGAAGACGAAGAUGAUGAUGAUGAAGGGUGUGGAAUAAUAAAAGCUUUGGGAAAUUGCAAAUAUUUGUAAUUAAUAAAUUAGAAAGACUUUGUAGUAAUUUUCUCCUUUUUAAAUAAUAUUUUCGUAUUUUAUGGUUCCCAGCCUAAAAAAAUCUCCCAUGUGCUACAUUUUCUGUCUUGGAAUUAAUUCAAUUUCAACGGCGAUAAUCAUGGCUAAGGCUAAGGCUAAUUUUAAUUGUGAAUCAAUU